CGCAGUUCGGCUUCUGCCAAACCUGUUUCAUGGAAAGUAAGCGAAGGAGAGCACAAAUUUGCACUAGGAUUUCCUUUUAAAGUGGAGAAAUAUCUCAUUUCAUGGCGGCUCGACUUCAAUUGUUGCGUUCUGGUCAGCUUACGAUGGGCCUUUAACGAUGAAUGCCUUAAUUCCUGAUCCGGCAAAGCUAGGGUUUACACUUUUGCGGCCGGGAAGAUGCCGUUGUCGGAGCUGAUUCAGGAUUGCUCGGGUUGAAACGCUGUUUCUGUUGAUUUUCUUCUUCUGCUUUGGGAGAACAUGCGCUAUUUUUUGCAGAGAUCUUCUUCAGCUAAGGAGCAGAAGAAUGAAGAAAGGAGCGGCGGAAGCAGGGCGCACCUGUACUUGAACGUUUAUGAUCUCAGUCCCAUCAACAACUACCUCUACUGGUUUGGAUUUGGAAUUUUCCACUCCGGAAUCGAAGUUCAUGGCAUGGAAUAUGGCUUUGGAGCCCAUGACUACCCAACAAGUGGAGUGUUUGAGGUAGAACCCAGAGGCUGUCCUGGCUUUAUCUACAGACGUACUGUGUGGUUGGGCACCACUGACAUGCCUCCAGAUGAGUUCCGAUCAUUCAUCGAACAACUUUCCCGAAAGUAUCACGGUAACACGUACAAUUUGAUAGCGAAAAACUGCAAUCAUUUCACUAAUGACGUCUGUAUGCACCUGACCGGAAAGCCUGUUCCAGGAUGGGUGAAUCGGCUCGCCAGAAUUGUUUCAGGCUCUUUGUGCAAUUGCAUUCUACCAGAAAACAUUAAUGUCACAACUGUCAGGCAUUUAACUGAUUACCCAGCAUUCUCAGAAGAUGGAACGGGUUCAUAUGCUUCAACCUUGGAAGUGAGUGAUGACGAGCAACUGGAUCAUCACUUGCUCACAGCUUCCAGCAGUGACCAGCCACUUUCAAAAGAGAAGCCAUUAAAGCUGACAAGAGAGAAAUUUUGACGCCUCUGUUUCUCAUAGAAUGCAUUUCUUUACUUGUCAAUUCUGUGCCUUCCUGUAUAAAUAAUGUCAGUUCUGCUCCUUACCAACCUUUUUUGCAUGAAGAUUGAAAGGCUUUUACCUGAAUUUUCUCUUCCUGGGUGGGCCUGCAAUUUGCAGUUGUUGGAUUGGUGUUCUGAUUGUUUUUAUUGGUAUUGAUUAAUUUCAAUCGCUCUGUUUUUCUUUUUAUU